GCGGGGAAGACGCUCGCCUAUAAGACCACGCCUCGCCACACCCCAACCACUCACCCCGCAUCCCUCCUCUCCACUCCCCAUCCUCUCCAUCAUGUCGCACCCUGCCCAGCAGACGCCCGACUCGGCCUCGUUCGACGAGAAGAAGGUCGACGGCCUCGACGGCGGCGCACCCGUCACCACCACCCUCACCGCCGGCGUCGACGAGCCCGAGCACUCCGAGCACGACGUUGCCGAGACAAACCGCAUAAUGUCCAAGAUUGAUUGGCGUGUGCUUCCGGUGUGCGCGGUCCUGUACCUGUUCUCCUUCCUCGACCGCAGCGCCAUCGGCAACGCCAAGACGGCCGGCAUGAACAAGUCCCUCAAGCUCACCGACUCCGAGUAUGCCGGUGCCCUCUCGGCCUUCUUCGCACUUUAUUGCCUUCUCGAGGUUCCUUCCAACAUCCUGCUCAAGAAGUACGGCGCCAAGAUCUACCUGCCCUGCAUCGUGGUGCUCUGGGGCAUCAUCAUGAUGUGCACAGCGUUUGUGAAGAACUUUGAGGGUCUUCUGGCGAUGCGCAUCCUCCUCGGCGGCUUCGAGGCCGGUCUUUUCCCCGGUGUGACAUGGUACAUCUCGACGCUCUACCCCCGCCGCGCCAUCCAGCUCCGCAUCGGCAUGUUCUUCUCUGCGGCCACCAUCGCCGGCGCGUUCGGCGGUCUGCUCGCCUACGGCCUCGUCCACAUCCGCAACACGAGCAUGGAGCCGUGGUCGUACAUUUUCUUGGUCGAGGGCAUCCUGACCAUCGUCGCGGGUGUCGUCUCAUACUGGGUGCUCUUCGAUGGACACAAGGAUGCGAAGUUCCUCACCGAGGCCGAGAAGGAGCACAUGCAGUACACGCUUGCCCACGACGCGACGGCCACGCCCUUCAACACCUCGUUCCAGUGGAAGUUCGUCCGCGCCGGUCUCACGGACUGGAAGGUGUACUGGUCGCUCCUCACGUACAUCUCGUGCAUCACGCCGCUCUACUCGAUCGCCCUCACGCUGCCGUCCAUCCUGCGCAUCUCGCUCGGCUACGACCCGAUCAAGAGCCAGCUCCUCACCGUCCCCGUCUACAUCGUCGCCGCUCUGCUCGUCGUGGUGUUCGCCUGGGGCGCUGACCGCUUCGAGAACCGCUCCGCCGGCAUGAUCGCAGGCACCUCGCUGAGCCUCGUCGGCUGGGCGAUCCUGCUCACCUCGCACACGCCCAACGUCCGCUACGGUGCUACCUUCCUCGCCGCUGCUGGCUCCUACGCCGCCUUCCCCUCGAUUGUCGCGCUCGUCUCGCAGAACGUCGCCUCGACGACGAAGCGUGGUGUUGCCAUCGCCAUUCAGGUCGGCGUUGGCGGCCUUGCCGGCACCAUCUCCAGCAACAUCUUCCCCGCUCGCACGGCUCCCCGCUACGAGCUCGCGUGCAAGAUCAACGUCGCCAUGAACGCAGUUGCGAUCCUCACCUCGGCGCUCAACGUGCUCUUCCUCUACAUCGCCAACAAGAAGAAGCAGCGCAUGCUCGACUCUGGCGAGGCGCAGCGCAUCCCGCGCGAGGUGCUUGCCGACAUGGGCGACGCCUCGCCGUACUUCAAGUACCGCUACUGAGCGUGGCGUGGCUCUCCACGCCACUCCGCUUCGAGCUUCCUGUCCCCGCCUCACCCUCUCUCGGCUACCCGACCCCGUCUCGCUCCUGUACCUGUAGACCCACGUCAUUGUCUCUCACAGCUUCAACGAUCCAUAUCCAC